UCCCUAGCUGCUGUCACACAGGAGGAAGCAGCAGCCUCCUCCUCCUCCUCCCUCUGCCUCCCCUCCCCAGCCCUCCUGUACCCGGCUGUCAGUGAGUCAGUGAGUGCAGCCUCUGCAAGUGCCCAUAAGCAUCACCCUCCUCACCACCAUCACCAUGGCAGAGCAGACGGAGUCCCCGGUGCACAGCCAGCCUCCAGCACAGCCCAUCGGGUGGCCAAUCUGCAGGGACAGCUACGAGCUCCAGGAGGUUAUUGGAAGCGGAGCCACAGCAGUGGUUCAAGCAGCACUAUGCAAACCCAGACAAGAGCGAGUGGCCAUAAAAAGAAUAAACUUAGAGAAGUGCCAGACCAGCAUGGAUGAGUUGCUAAAAGAAAUACAAGCCAUGAGCCAGUGCAGUCAUCCCAAUGUCGUGACUUAUUAUACCUCAUUUGUGGUGAAGGAGGAGCUGUGGCUGGUUAUGAAAUUACUGAGCGGAGGUUCCAUGUUGGAUAUUAUAAAACAUGUGGUCAACAGAGGAGAACAUAAGAAUGGAGUAUUAGAAGAAUCGAUUAUUGCAACUAUACUUAAAGAAGUUUUGGAAGGGCUAGAUUAUCUGCACAGAAAUGGACAGAUCCAUAGGGACUUAAAGGCUGGAAAUAUUCUUUUGGGAGAAGAUGGAUCAGUACAGAUAGCAGAUUUUGGUGUUAGUUCAUUUUUAGCCACAGGUGGCGAUGUCACCAGAAAUAAAGUCAGGAAAACAUUUGUUGGCACCCCCUGCUGGAUGGCUCCAGAAGUAAUGGAACAGGUUAGAGGCUAUGACUUCAAAGCUGAUAUAUGGAGUUUUGGAAUUACUGCCAUUGAACUAGCUACGGGUUCAGCUCCCUAUCACAAAUAUCCUCCAAUGAAGGUCUUAAUGCUGACCUUGCAAAAUGAUCCUCCAACUUUAGAAACUGGAAUAGAAGAUAAGGAGAUGAUGAGGAAAUAUGGGAAAUCAUUUAGGAAAUUAAUCUCGCUCUGUCUCCAGAAAGACCCAUCAAAGAGGCCAACGGCAGCUGAGCUUUUAAAAUGUAAAUUUUUUCAAAAAGCAAAGAAUAGGGAGUAUCUCAUGGAAAAACUCCUUACCAGUUCACCAAAUAUUUCUCUGAGAGGAAAAAAGGUUAGAAGAGUACCUGGCUCAAGUGGUCACCUACAUAAAACAGAAGAUGGCGACUGGGAAUGGAGUGAUGAUGAUGAGCUAGACGAGAAAAGCGGGGAAUUCCAAGAUUCAUUUUCCAAAGAAAAGUCAAGAAGAAUCAAUGAGGACAGUGACAACGCAGAGACUUCCACAGAUAGCAAUAUGCAAGCACGAGUGCAAAAUCUGACUAUACAAGAUACUCAGGCACAAACCAAUGAAAGCCAUCAUGAAAACAGACUUACAUCUGCUAUUAAUCUUGUUCUAAGGUUAAGAAAUUCCAGAAAGGAACUCAAUGAUAUACGAUUUGAGUUUACUCCAGGCAGAGAUACAGCAGAUGGUGUUUCGCAGGAGCUCUUCUCAGCAGGCCUUCUGGACGGUCAUGAUGUAGUUAUAGUUGCUGCUAAUUUGCAGAAGAUGGUAGAUGAUCCAGUUACAUAUAAAACAAUGACAUUUAAGCUGGCCUCAGGUGUUGAUGGGACUGAAAUUCCAGAUGAAGUCAAGCUGAUUGGGUUUGCUCAGUUGAGCAUUAGUUGAUUAUUUGCACUUUUGCAACUGGCAGAGUCACACAUUUUUUUGUGGCCAUUCUAGAUAAGAAAAUAAAGAAAGGGAUAAAAAUAAUGGCACGCAAGAUUUGCUUCAAAUCUAGAAAUUCACAAAGUUGUACAAAAUAAAAUCACGAUUGUAAUCACUGCUGCUAUCCGAAAUAGAAAUCUACAAAUCUCAAUUAGCAAUCAAAUUUGCAGACUCCCUAUAUACAGAAGAAAGAAAGGAAAAUGCACUUAACGAUAACAGCUAUAUUUAUUAGUUACUUACAAUAUGUAAUUUUUCUAGCGGAUAUGUAUUUCUCCUUUCAGUGUAAAUUUUCAUAUAUUUUCAUUGUAAUGUUGAUUAAUAAGACUGCCUAUUUUCUGUAUUAUUUUAAGACUAAUAUGCUAGAAAAAAACAAAAAAACAACUAUUAGCCAAACUUGAAUCCUAGAUGUAAAAAGGACUGUGAAUUUUAUUUUCAUAUAUUUAUGAAUUGCACAUCCAGUGGAUAUUUGUGGUUAAGUUGUGUGCUUGUUACAACAAAACUAUUAUAAAAUUCUUAUAUUUGAGGUGUGAUUUAUUUUUUAGUCCCACUGUAGCUAAAAGUGUGGACAAUCCAAGUGCCAGUAACAAACCAGAUUUCAAUGUUAUCCUUCUGUGAGUACAGUAGGUCAUUGCUUGCUUCACCUGAGUAAAGGAUAUACUUAAAAUGUGGCAUGUUACUAAACUUAGAUGUACAGUAAUAUGUUGGUAAUCUUACAGGCCAACACAUUUCACUGUUCCAACAAUGAUAAAAUUAGGUAUUGAGAUUUAUUGAUGUAUCUUAGUAUUGGGAAGUAAGCACCCAAUGUGGGACUACAGCUUAAGUUAUCCUUUGGAUUUUUGAGGCUUUGGUCUAAUGAUUAGUGCUAGUUUUCUACUUCUGAUGUUGCCCAUAUCUACACUGCUGUGCUAAGCAUGUGACACAUGAUGUGCCUUAUCACUUAGCACUGCUCUGUAAAUAUGAGCCAGGGUGUCUGCGAGGACAAGUGUGGAAGGUGCCUUGAAGACAGUGCAGUUUAAGAAUGUGCCCAAAGCUGCCUUUUCUCAGUCACACAGUUAGAAGCUUUCGAAGUGGACACUUCAGGAACUCACAUACUGUAGAGCUCCAUGCUAGAUGUAGAAAAUAUAAAUGUUGUCCAUGAGUUUCGGUAGGGUUAUCUCCCAUAGUUCAUAAUGAUGAAGACACAUAAACUGUUUGAAUGGUAGGUCUGUUUUAAUGGGACUCCUACUUGAAUGGCUGUAGCCCUUUGCCAUCAGAAGCUCUACUGAAACACGCUCCAGGAAGGUCUAUAGGAGUAAAGCAUGGGAUUCCUGGUAUAGGGACUCCCACCUUAGUGCUGUUGGAAGAUGCCUAACUUGGGUCAUGUUCACUUAAAGUGGACAAGCUUUAAAUAAAUAAAUUGGCUUUUUCCUCUUAA